GUACCAUAAACGCUACUGACCAAUCACUAUGUACAAACAAGACUGUUUCGCUUAUCCAAUUAUUACGUCUUCAUCGCUAUAGUGCAGUGCAGUGAAGAGUAGUCAGACAAAUUGAAUCGGUCAUCUUAAGACUACUGAAAACGUGGGUAUUUCAAUGUAAGAAUCAGCAUCAGUAAAAGGAAGAUACUUAAAUGGUUGAAGGGCUGGGACGCAACUGGUCAACACUUUUCCACACAACGUAGCUAUCUAAAGAAGGUGACGAUAAUAUCAAACAAAAAUGUCAGCUUCCAUCCGUAUUUGCUUGUUAGUAGCAAUUUUCUUCCACCACCAUCGACUCAGCAGGUCCGAAGAUUCCUACGAUGACUCGGAUAACGCAGCUCCUGGUCCCCACAACAGCGAAAAGGUUAGAGCGCCACCUCCUUCCGCAGCUGGUGCAUCCCUUGAUGAAUGUGAUCCCGAGAUGGUCGGAUUUGAACUCAUAACAGGAAACGUCUUCAGUGCUCCGGGUAAUGUCAUAGACUCGAUACCAGGCACGUUGAUGCUGACAGACUGCCUGGAAACCUGCCAGGGUAACGAGUCGUGUCAAAGUGUCAACUACGAAACUGGUCUAUGCGUUCUCUUCAGUGCCAACGCUGACAUCAUGCCAGGGUUUCCCCGGCAAUCAGUUUUACUCUUCAGGCAGACAUCACGAUAUCGCGGUUUUCGAUAA